AUGGAGCUAAGCACAGCCACUACCUUCUUGCUCGGUCUGAUGCUAAUCCUUGUGUCAUUCCUUAGCCACAAAGCCAGAGGCAAAUCCAUGAACAGGAGGCCUCCUGGUCCUUGGGCCCUCCCCUUCGUCGGAUGCAUCCACCUGCUCACCUCGCAGCCGCAGGCCGCCCUACGUGACCUGGCUCAGAAGCAUGGCCCGGUGAUGUACCUGAAGCUGGGGCAGAUCGACACCGUCGUCAUCUCCUCGCCGACGGCGGCGCAGGAGGCGCUCCGGGAGAAGGACCUAAGCCUGGCGUCGCGGCCAAGCUUGCUCGCCUCGGAGAUCAUCUGCUAUGGCAACCGCGACAUCGCCUUCGCGCCCUAUGGCGACUACUGGCGCUUGCUGCGCAAGAUGUGCACGGUCGAGCUCCUCAACGCUUCCAAGGUGAGGCAGUUCGCGGCCAUCAGGGACAGCGAGACCAUGUCCCUAGUCAGGGAGAUACUCUGUGCUGCCGCCGCCGGCGGAGAGCCCGUGGACCUCGGCGGCCUGCUCCUGUCGUGCACCAACUCCAUAACUGGAAGGGCAGCGUUUGGCAACCGCUGCAGCAGGGACCUCAAGGCAGAAUUUCUGUCGGCCAUCUCCGUGGUGCUAAGCAACAUCUCAGGGUUCUGUUUCUCGGACCUCUUCCCGUCGCUGCGGUUGGUGGACGCCCUCACCGGGACCAAACGCCGCCUACUGAGGGCACACCAACAGCUCGAAGACGUGUUUGGCAAGAUCAUCUCGGAGGGGGAGGCACGACGGCAGGAGAGGAAGGGAACCGUUGCUGGAGAAGAUGACGACCUUCUAAGCGUCAUGCUGAGGAUUCGUGAUGAGGGGCAAUUUGAGAUCCCAAUCAACAACACAAACAUCAAGGCAGUCAUUCUGGAUUUAUUCACAGGAGGGACGGAGACGACUUCGUCAGUGGCCGAGUGGCUGAUGGCAGAGCUGAUGAGGAACCCUGACGCGAUGCAGAAGGCGCAAGAGGAGGUGCGGCAAGCAUUCAACCACAAAAGCCCUGACGAACACGAAUCCCAGAUGGACAAGCUGCACUACACCAAGGCGGUGAUCAAGGAGACCCUGAGGCUCUACCCACCCGUCCCGCUUCUCAUUCCUCGUCAGUGCCGGGAGACCUGCGACAUCGGUGGGUACGAGGUGCGCAAAGGAAGCAGGGUGAUCGUCAACGCGUGGGCGAUCGCGAGGAACCCAGCGCACUGGGACAAUGCCGACAAGUUCGUGCCUGAAAGAUUUGAGCACGAUAGCGCGGCAGCUACUACGCAGUUUGAGUACUUGCCGUUUGGGCAUGGGAGGAGGAUCUGCCCGGGCAUAGGCUUCGGCUUAUCCACCUUGGAGAUCCUAGUGGCACGGCUCCUCUACUACUUUGAUUGGAGCCUUCCGGAUGGAAUGCAGGCGGAGGACCUAGACAUGGACAUGACUGUUGGUGCGUCGGCCAGGAGAACCAACAACCUGCACCUAGUGGCCUCGCCGUAUGAAGUGCCCAUGUAG